GUUUACAUGCAUGGAGCAACCAGCUAUGGAAGUCUGUAAUCUAUAUAGAUCUUCUUUCUGAACAAAUACAACAGAAAGAGCUACAAUCUUACUAGUAGAUCUAUACUCUAUACAACAUUUUUAGAAUGUACUAGAAUUAGAUCUAGAAUAUCUAAAACGGUUCUAGAUCUAGUCAAUCUAGCUAGAUGAGUAGAUCUAGGUUUUACUGAUCGAGUGUCGUCGUCUGUCGUCACAUUACCAGCACAAUGGCCAAAGUGUUUCCAGAUAAACAAAGCCAUUCAGAAAGCUCAAUUAUGGACAAGUAUGAAUGUGAUGAAUCAAAUGAAGGAAUGCAGUUUAUUAAGUAUAAUAUCAAAUGCAGAGAAUGUACAUUUUUUAAGGAAAAACCAGAACAGGAGGCAUUAGUAAAAGAAGAAGAUAAAGUAUGCUACUGUAAUUACCUUAAAAAGGAGCAUUCAAAAAAUGCACUUAGACGCAAAAGUAGAACACAUUUAUGGAGUUUAUCUGAUAAUACAGAGAAAACUCCAACCAAUGCUUAUGGAGAAAUUGAGUUUGUGGGAUUUGGAGACAGAAUUGGGAAAUAUGUCAGAGUUGAUGUGGACACACCCAUGGACACCAUGCUGGACCUUUUGACAAAAGUUUGGAAGAUGGAAAUGCCUAACUUGCUGAUAUCUGUCACAGGAGGAGCAAAGAACUUCAACAUGAAGGCUCGUUUGAAAGAAGUGUUCCGAAGAGGCCUAGUGAAAGCAGCACAGAGCACAGGUGCAUGGAUUGUCACUGGAGGCACCUACGCUGGUGUAAUGAAACAUGUUGGUGAAGCUGUCAGAGACUUUGGUUUAACGUCCCAGGGAAGAGUAACUACGAUUGGUAUAGCAACUUGGGGCUGUGUACAGAAUAAGGAGCUGCUUAUCAGAAAAGAUGAAGACAGCAACCACCCGGUAGAAUAUAGUAUCCAUGGCGAAGUCAAGCCCAAACAAUCAUUUUUGGAUCCUAACCACUCUCAUUUUAUAUUAGUGGACAAUGGCACACAACACCAGUUCACUGUAGAGAUACCAUUUAGAGCCAAGCUGGAAGAAGCAAUCAGUAAAAGAAAGACUGGAACAGAUGCCAUUACUGUGCCUGUUUGCUUGCUUGUGUUAGAAGGUGGACCUGGGACACUGGAAACUGUUUACUCUGCCUUGAAGAGCACAACGCCAACUGUAGUCAUCAAGGGCUCUGGUAAAACUGCAGACAUUUUGGCAUAUGCUUACCAGAAUACCAAAGAAGAAGAAGUCAAGCAGGAAGAAUCUGGAAAAAAAAUAAUCAACACUUUAGAUCCUGAUGCUGAGGAGAAAAUCAAAGAAAUGAUCAAGUCUUCCUUUGGUGUGGCAGAGCUGGAGAUUGAGAAAUGUUUCAUUUGGGUAAAGGAGUGUUGUGCUAGGAAAGAUUUACUCUCUGUCUUUGAGCUGGACUCCAAAAACUCUGCUAAAGAUGUGGAUUUGGCCAUACUGAAGGCUCUUUUGAAAGCUAACAAAAAUCAAGCAAUAGAUCAACUAAAGUUAGCACUGGCAUGGAACAGAAUCGAUGUUGCCAAGUCAGAAAUUUUUACAGAUGACAGAACAUGGCCAACUGGUAUGCUGGAUGAGAUCAUGAUGUCUGCUAUAAAACUGAGCAGGGUAGAUUUUGUGGAACUUUUCCUGGACAAUGGUCUGAGCCUGAAAAAUUUUUUGACCAAAGAAAGACUGACAGCUUUAUACAACACAAUCCCACCCAAUUGUUUGCUACGCACAUUGUUGAUGAAAACUAAGAGAAAACAUGGUAAAGGCUGCUCUGGGGAAUUUACCCUGGUAGAUGUUGGUCAUUUGUUACAAGAUUUACUAGGAGACUUUUACCAACCAUGUUACCUUACAGAUGGACAAUCAAAUUUGGAAACUUUUAUCACUCCUGCACAAGAACUAUUUAUCUGGGCUCUACUGAUGAAUAAUCUGAAGCUCUCAAAACUGUUCUGGAGGGAAGGCAAGCAAUCUUCCACAGCUGCAUGUCUAUUUGCUCACAGUGUAUUGAAGUCUCUACAGGCUCACACAAUAGAUGCCAAAGUGAUUAAAAAACUACAGACAGCCGCAGAAGACUAUGAGGAGCUGGUCAAUGGUGUGAUCAAGAGUUGCUACAGUUCUGAUGAGGAGAGGACCCAUAACAUUCUAGUCCAGUAUAUGCCUCACUGGGGCAGGACAACUUGUGUCCAGAUAGCACUACACUCAGAUAAUCAGUUAUUUAUUUCCCAGAAUGCCUUUCAGUCUAUGUUGACAAAAGUAUGGAUGGGGAACAUGUCUCAGAGCAAUCCAUUUUACAUGAUACUUGUUGGCAUUGUCAUCUUUCCAGUUGUAUUGUUCUGUGUCAAAUUUAAUAAGACAAAUACCAAACAGAAGAGACUUUCAUCUUCUUCCACUAAACACCAUCAGAUUGAGACCCAUCCCACCAUUAACGGGCAUGCCAAACACAAAUCUGACCAUUCUCUUAAUUCUACAAAAGAAAAGUCAAGAUCUAAAGGACAUACAGAACAAAUAAAAAAAAUGAUUCAAAAAUUGAAAUGCUUCUACUGCUCUCCAAUAGUCAAGUUUGUUAUGAAUGUGAUGACUUACUUAGUGUUCCUGGCUCUGUACAGUUACCUGCUGGUGGUUCAGCUGACCAGAGAGAUUCACUGGAUAGAGGGUGUACUUAUAGCAUGGGUCAUCAGUCUUUUUCUGGAGGAACUUCGUGAGUAUUUCACCUACUCCAACCAAUCAAAAUUGAAGACAUAUUUAAAAAACAAAUGGAAUUAUCUUGACAUUGUAUGUAUAUUGCUGUUUGCUCUGGGUAUUAGCCUGAGAUUUGUCCCUGAUGACGACUGUAUGACAGCUGCCAGAGUGAUCCUUAGCAUCAAUCUCAUCACUUUCUUCUUUCGUAUCCUGCAAAUAUUUUCCAUCAACAAGCAGCUGGGGCCAAAACUGGUUAUGAUUGGUAAAAUGCUGCAAGAUUUGAAGUGGUUUGUUGUCAUACUUUUGGUUUUCAUUGUGUCCUAUGCUCUGGCCUCUGAGGCUGUACUGUACCCCAACUCAGAGCCCAGUUGGAAACUGCUGUAUUUUGUUCCUCGCAAGGCCUACUGGCAGAUCUAUGGGGAACUGUUUCUUGAUGAUAUUGAAGAUCCUGAGACAUGCACUAAUAAUGCCACUGAGUACAGCACUUACACAAUAAAGAGAUGUCCAUCUGAAGUGGGAAAAUAUUUUGUGCCUAUUUUGUUGGGAUUUUACAUGCUGAUGACCACUGUCCUGCUACUCAAUUUACUUAUUGCCAUGUUUAGCUAUACAUUUGAACAGAUCCAAGGAAACACAGACAUGCACUGGUGUUUCCAGAGAUUCAAACUUGUGCUGGAGUACACAGAGAGACCAGCGUUUCCUCCACCUUUAAUUUUAUUCUCUCACUUCUGGCUUUUCAUAAAGCGCCUCAAGAAAUCUCCCCCUUCAGAGUUAGCCAAAUCAAAGCCAUUCUGCAAAAUAUUUGAAGACAAAGAAGAAGAGAGACAACUUAUGCAAUGGGAGGAUCUAAUAGCUGAUAACUUUCUGGACUCCAAGCAGAAGUCUGACAGAAAUACAAUGGAAGGCAAGGUCAAAGCUACGCUUGAAAGGCUGGAUCUAGUUUUGUCCAAAGUUGAUGAACUUCAAGAAAGUCAAAAUCAAAGUGCAUGUCAAUCUGCAGCCGCAGGUAACUCUGAUUCAUUCUCAAAUCCAAGCGUAGUUGAGAAAAGAGUUCAGGCCCUUGAAACUCAGCUUCUUCAUACAACGAAAGCCUUAGACUGGAUUAUGACUUCACUACAGGAGCACAACUUGGCCUCCAAACAACAGAAACCCUACCUCCCAGUGCUCAGAAAGUAAAAGUCUGCUCUUCUUUUCUAGUUUCUCAAGUUGGAGAGCUCUCUGUGACAAACAUAUAACUGGAAUGAAAAGUGACCAGUUGACCAGUCACUUUCACAGAAGAUGAUGAUGGAUGGGACAUCUUUAAAAAGACAGACAUGCUGUACAUGUAUUUGUCUAUCCACCAAUAUUUUGUCUUAAAUUACAAACAUAAAUUUCUAUCAAGACUGCAAUGUUACAUCACCAUUGUCUAAAACCAUAAUAAUAAUCUUAUUUCCCAUGUACCAAUAAUCUUAUUUCCCAUGCACCAAUAAUCUUAUUUCCCAUGUACCAAUAAUCUUAUUUCCCAUGUACCAAUAAUCUUGUUUGCCAUGUACCUUACCAUUAUUUCAAAAAGAAUUUAAAUAUAUUUUUUUUAAAUAUUGGAAAACUAACUACAAUAAAAAGGUGAACUCUUGAUGGUGAGAAAUAUAACUACUUAAUGCUUCUAAGAGAAAUGUGGGUACCUAAAGCCUCUAAUGUUGUGUAUAUAUUGUUUUACACAUUUGUUAUCUGGAUUAGUAUUUUAACCUCUGUUUUAGCACUUGGGAUAUAUUUAAAUAUUUUUAAUAGGAAGGUUAUACAUCAACUUUGCAAAUCUACUAUCUCAGUUUAGUUAAUUUGUGUAUAUUCUUUUUACUCUCACUUGUUUUAAGUCCUUUGAGAAACAAUGGAAAUAUUAUCAAAGGUCUUUUAGUAUCUUUUCCCUCUCCUCAUUUAUUGUUGUUGUAACUGACCUAAGUUUAUGUAGUCAGCUAAUGGAUGAUGUCAUGCUCUUUCCAACUUUUUGUUUUUUUUAAGCUAGCCAUAUUGUUAAAUUUACUUACUUACUUUUUUUUUUUCCCUUGCAAUUUUAUUUCUGAAAUUAUCGAAUUUAAAUUUAUCUUGCGUUUCGUUAGCAGGCCUUUUGUUCUUAUUUGUGAUAAGUAGUUAUAGUCUGAACAAAAAAUUCCUUUCUUUACUAUGACAUUGAAGUAUGAAAGGGAUUAUAGGUUUAGUAGUUGUGCUUUCUAUUGUGAAACCUUAGGAAUAUGUGUUAUGUUAUAAGAAAAAUCUUGACUGAAAACAGGGUAGACAAUCAUGCAAAUUGUGACAAAAAACAGGGUAGAUAAUCUGUAAAGUUCUCCCUAAGAGAGUAGAAAAUGGAUAAAGGUUUAGAACAGAUGACAUUUAAUGAACUUAUUGUAUAGAUAUGUAUUAUGUAUGCAUCAUAAUAUGGUUUAUUUCAUAAUGUCUUUUUUUUAAUGUACCUGUUAUAUUUUAUGACAUUAUACACAUUUUGAUGCCUCCAAGUUGGCAGCUCUGCUAUGUGGCAGCUGCUGAAAGAAUAGAGAAAGCCAAAAGAAAAGAGAAAGUUUUAAAGCCCUUGACUUCACAUAAAUAGAAGGAAAUUAUUAUAGACAUAUGUGUUCAAACUAUCCAACGGACACAAAUUUGGCACCAGAACAUAUAAAGUGGCAGUUAGUAGAUGUAUAAGUGCACAAAGAUUGUUUUUGAAAGAAUUUAUAUCUUAUAUACAGUUCUUUCUUAGGCUGUGUUCAGUUAGAGUUAAUUCACAUAACUCUUUCUCAGACUGUGUUCAGAUUGUAUUUGAUAUGUACUUUAUUUUCAACUGUCACAGAAAUUUAUUGUUUACAAUAACUGUUUUGGGGUUACUAUUUCCUGAGACACUUACUGUAAGUAAUAUGUUCUGUUGUAAUGUUGUAUAGCACAGAUCGCCAAAAUUGUUUGAUAAAUUUGAUUUUUUAAUGAAUAAUAAUGAUUGUAUUUGUAUCUUCCAAAUAAUCUUUUUUUGCAGCAGCCAUUUUUCAAGUCGAGAGGAGCUACAGAUAAAUUUAGUCUUUUCACAUGUAGGGUAUAUUAUAUUUUGCAUGAAAAAAGUAAUUUUUUAAAUUUUACAAAUGAUGAUAGUACAUUACAGUGGACUCUUGAUGGGCUGACAUUUCAUAAUCUGAUGCAACACUGACAUAAAUUGAAGUAAUUAAUGUAUACUGGUACAUAUAUUUUUAGAAUAUAGAUUGGCUUAAAUUUUAUACAGUAUCUGAAAGAAUUUUUCUUUCUUGUCUUUAGUUUUUUUAAUGCCCUUGAAAGUCUUAGAUAAUAUUUUAGUGCAUCAUAAAUAGAAACAUAUUUUUUUCACUUGUAUUAUAGUUACAUUCUUAGAAGUAGAGCUAGCCUUAAAUACCUGGUAAUCUUAGUUUUCUAUAGCCAGACACUCCCUCGGCCCUGUAGCCGUCAGUCUAUCAAGUGCCAACUUUAUUCAAAUCAAAGCCAAAAAUUUAAAUUUACAUUUGCUUCCUUCCUCUGUAACCCUUCCCACCCCCCACUGCUAGCAAGUUAUUAGACAUAAUUAGUUUCUAUUUAUUUUGUUGUUUUUUUUAAUUAAGAGUUUCAAUGUUCUAUGAAAUAAUUGAAAUCCUUGACCUAUUUAUAUUUAGGUUAUCAGUUUUGAAGACCAGUAUUGAAUGUUAAUUGUGAUACCUUUUUAUUUGCAUGAGCUGUGCAACACAGACCUUUCCAAAUUUUUCAUUCCCUAAUGUUUAUAUGGAUGCACAGUGGCUGAGUGGUAAAGCACUAGGCUUCUGAACUGGAGGUCCCAGGUUUAAAUCCUGCUGAAGACUGGGAUUUUUUAUUUUGCCAUCUUUAGUGCACCUCUGAGUCUACCCAGCUCUUAGGGUGCCUGACAUUAGUUGGGGAAAAGUAAAGGCGGUCGUUGUGCUGGCCAUGGCAUCCUCGUUAACUGUGGGCCAUAGAAACAGAUGACCUUUACAUCAUCUGCCCUAUAGACUGCAUGGUCUGAAAGGGAACUUUACUUUGACUUUUAAUGUUCAUAUGAAUCUAUUUACUUUUUUUUUUCAUAUAUUUAUUUUACAAGGUUUUGUGAUAAAAUGACAAUAAUAUUUCUUUUGAUAUAUUUUUAUGUUGUCUACUUUUUUGCUUAUGUUAUUAAACCAUUUAAUGAAAUGAAAUCUGCUGAUAUAUAUUCCUUCCAAUAUUUAAUCAUGAAAUGUGUCCACUUCUGUAUUGUAGUGUAGACACAAAUAACAUGUAUUUUUUAAAACUAUAUCAUAUCGGCUAUGUAGACUGGCUCUGAAUGUCUCGUGUGUGUAUUUAUUUAUUCAUUUAAACAAAUAGAGAAAAAUGCAGUAAUUGACAUGAAUCGAUUUUGUUUAAAUUUCUGCAUGUCUAAUCAAUUGUGAUACUGUAUUCUUGAACUUUUGCUAAGGAAUUUGCAGUCUGUAAAAUUGUAUACUCUUUCAUAUAAUUAAAACAUCUUCAGUUGCACAUAUUUAUUUAAACCUAAUGGUAACACUAAAUGUAUUGGAACCUUAACACCCAGCAUAUACUGCAGUUCAUUGUUUCACUGUAGGCUGCAUUCUAUAUUAAGCUUCUGUUGUUAGUUCUUUGUAAACAUUUCUUAUAAAGUCUAAUAGAUGACUGCUCAGUGCUAUUUCGAUAUUUUCCUAUUACUGUUGUUGCUGAUUUUUGUUUAAAUUUUAUUUUAAAAGGUUAUGGUUUCAGUGGAUAUACAAAUCUAGACCUUUAAUUUCUUUUUUAACAUUCCUAGUAUUGACUUUUUACUUUACGACUCAUCAGUUUUCAGUCACUUUGAAAUAACCUGCUUGUGUCUCAAAUUCAUUUAAGUUCCAGUCACCAUCAAUGUUAAAAUGGGAUGGCUUGUGUGGUAUAUUCUUUGGACUGCCUUUGCAAUGGUUCCUAGUUCAAACCCUGCCUGCUUUCAUCCACUGCCAUCUUGCGAAAAGUUUGAACUAAGACAUAAAUAAUCUUCAUUUCUGAAGAGUGUCAUAAACUUAUAAAGCAAAACAGGUGACAGAAACAAAAGUAAUUUUCUAAUGCAGUGUUUCCCAAACUGUGUUCCACAGAACCCUAGUGUUCCAUCAGGCCUGACUUGGUGUUCCUUGAGGUACUGGAAUAACUAUCUAGUAGGCCUACAUGUGAGUUAAUCUCUAAGUAAAUGCAGAAAAAAGAUUUGUAUAAGUUCUUCUUGGUAACAAAUUAAAGUCUAGAACAUCACUAGGAACUGUGAACUUAUCUAGAUUCUAAUUUUCAUUUGAAACAAAGAUACAAUAAAAGAUCAACUAUUAAAUGAUUUUUGGUCAACUUUUUCUGAAGAGUACCACAACAGUAUUUGAAAACAAGUUAUUGUUUCUUUUUACUUCAGUUUCCUACACUCUAUUUGUGUGAAGCUAGAUUUUCUUAUUAUGUAGCAACAAAGCCAAAGUCUAGAAACAAGGUUGGCACCACACCAGAUAAUAGAAUUCAACUUACCAAUCUCGUGCCUGAUUUCAAGAGGUUAUGAUCUUCAAAGACACAAUGACAUCAAUGUCAUUAAAUCUUUAUAUAUUUAUACUUUUAAAAUAAAAGCUUUGUUUAGAAUAUGAUUUAAUAAUUUUAUUUUAGUUAAACAAAUAGAAACAAAAUCCAACCUAAAAGAAAUGAGCAAAGUGUUUUGCUAAAUACUACAAAUGUGCGAAGUGUUCCGUUAUGGAGAAAGUUUGGGAACCACUGCUGUAAUAGAAGAUUUCAAUAUCACUUUUAAUUACAUUAGAUGAUUAAGUAUUAGUGAGUCUUUACUCAAUGUCCUAACAUAAAUCUGAUGCUUUUUUUUUUUAUCUUUCACCCUUUUUAGAGGGUAUGAACAAAGUUUUAAGAUGGCUUCAUGUUUUAAUAUGGCUUGGAGAAUGGGAUCUUAUAAGUUUUUAAUAUUAUUACAGUUGGUUUUUCUCAGCAUCAUUCCAAUUGCAGAUGUACAAUUGUGUUGCCUUCUUCUUCUGUCCAAUUGACCAAUGUGUUUUAAAACAACAUAAUCAGUUGUGAUACCUGUGAUGUCUUGGAGAGACCUUUGCUCCUAAUCUAUAAUUGGAGAUGCCUAUCACUAAUACCCUAAAUCAGCGGUUCUCAACCUUUUAAGCUCGGCGACCACUUUUUACAAUCCCCCACUCUGCGCGACCCCCCCACACACACACAUUCAUACAGCUAUAGAAGAAUAGACAAUAACAAUCCAUAUUUUCGAUGGUCUUAGGCGACCCCCAAGGGGGUCGCGACCCACAGGUUGAGAACCCCCUGCCCUAAAUGUUACCAUACCAAUCGCUUCCAUAAUUUGUUAUCAUUGAUGUUUCUACACCAUUCGUUCCCUCUAUGUCAAUCAAAAUUCCCUUGAUGUUUCUAGGCUAAUGAUUUCCCCACCUGUCAUUAGAGAUUCCCCAUUUCAAGACCACUGGUUCCACUCUAGUUAUUUGAGAUUCCCAUGAUCUCAUGAUUUUAUUAGAUCAAUGGUUCCCCAAAUUUUAUUUGUGAUACCCAUGAUGUUUCUAGACCACUGGUUCCACUCUUGUGAUUCCCGUGAUUUCAUGAGUUUAUUAGAUCAAUGGUUCCCCAAAUUUUAUUUGUGAUACCCAUGAUGUUUCGAGACCACUGGUUUCACUCUUGUGAUUCCCAUGAUUUCAUGAUUUUAUUAGAUCAAUGGUACCCCAAGUUUAAAAUUUGUGAUACCCCAGGAUGUCUCUAGACCAGUUCUUCUUGCUGAACAUUUUUCUCAAUGCACUUUUUAGUCUUUCUAGAAGCAGUCAUUACUAUGUACAGUUUUAGAAAUAGGCCUACGUUUUUAUCAAAUUGCUAGUCACUUGAAGUUUGUUUUUUAAAUCCAAAUGUUGUUUAAAAACCAGUUCUACAUUAUACUUUGUUUUUUUUUUAUAAUCCUUUACAAAUAUGUGAUACAAUACAUAUAUAUAUAUAUGUUUCUACAUAUAAUCUACAAAUGAUAAUUUAGUGUAGACAUUUAAAAAAUAAAAAUAAAAUGCUUA